AUGGGUUUAAUUCCAUCAAGGACUAUUGUGUUGCUUUUACCUCUUUUUUUUUUUUUUUUUUUUUUUUUUAAAACAGAUUAUCAUGUCACAACAAAUGUUGUCCUGUGCUACUGCUGUGGCCUGCAUAACUUCCGUGAGCUGGCUUAUCAGUACAGGCAGAAUAUUCCUGCCUCAGAACUUCCAGGAUCUGUAACUGCACGCCCAGAUUGCUACUGGGGCAGGAACUGUCGCACCCAGGUUAAAGCGCAUCAUGCUAUGAAAUUUAACCACAUCUGUGAGCAAACGCGUUUCAAGAACUGAAGAUUCUCAACAAGAGAGCCAUACAGCCCCUGGAGAUGAAGUUAGAGUGACUUUGAACUUCAAAGUUGUCUUUAGGAAUUUUUUUUUUAUACAAUCAACUUUUGAGGUCUAGGGGUCGUUGUAAAGUUUAUUAUGACUAAAAGUUGAAACCAAGAUCAGCCAUAUGGCAGAGAGUACAUCUGUUUUUCUGCCAUUUGGUAGGAAUCUUGUGCUUCGAUAUUUUUUAAAAAAGUUCUAUAUUUAAAAGUGUGCACAGUUUCAGAGCAAGACCUGCAAAUAUUUGCUCUGCUGUAUACUGCUGUAAUAUUACAUUUUCCACAUAAAAUUGAUUAUUCUUGAUGUUCUUUUGUUACUGCUGUGCAGUCAAUGUAGGAGUAUAGUUUUUUUAUUGAAGCCUAGAACAACUGGAGCUGAAACAUUUCUCAAAAAAUGCUUUUGUGGGACAGUUGUCUGGGGAAACUCAGUGACUUGACCAUAGAAGAAACUGAGUUGCAAUGUAAAAUUCCCUGCAUUCUGAAGCAUUUCUUGCUCAGCUGACCACAAAGUGAACAAUAUUUUUAAGAAGUUAAGCAUUGUACACAUUUAAAUUACAGUAAGAUGCAUCUUAAGUGAAAGACUUCCUUAAAUUUUGUACUGAAA